AUGACUCCAAGUCAUUAUGAAUAUUUUUAUGCUAUAGUUGAUUAUUUGAGAGAACAUCAAACAGGAAAUUUUAUUAGCAAUAAAAUUUCAAAUAUAAUUGAAAAAAUUACUGCUGAUCUUGUAAAAAAUAACUUGAUUAAAGAAAUUUUGAAACAAGCUAAUAUGCUAGUUUUAUUUGUUCAUAAAUCUCAUCUAGCAAUUUAUGAUACAACAAAUUCUAUCAUAUAUGUUAGGUCUGCAAUUGAUAAGAUUCUUGAAAAGCAGUCAGAUAUAUUUAUUAACAUAGAAGUAUUUGGUAUUGCAAGUGAUGAAAAUAAUACUUUUUAUACUUCUUGCAAAAGGAUAGCCUUAAUUUUUAAGCCAGUCAAACAGAUAAUUACUUUACUUGAAAGUUGUAUAGCAAGUUUGGCUAAUUGUUUUUUAGGAAUUAUACAAUUAGCAGCUGUUUUUAGAGAAUACCUUCUAGCAACAAUUUCUUGGGGAGUUGUUAAAGAUGAAUAUACACACUUACAAGAAUUAGCAAAAAUCAUGUUUGCUAUUGUACUCUUCCAAGACAAUUGUGGACAAAAUUUCUCUAUUUUGAAGUGGUUCAUUAAAGGAUGUCACAUAUGGCUUCAGGUUUCCCAGUUAGAAAGCAUGGCACAAAUUUACUCAUUCUAUGUUUCAAACAUAAAAAAAAAAUUAAAUUUUUGUGAUAAUAAUUCUGUGGAUAUAGAGCUAUGCAAUAGUAUGUUUAAUAAAAUAAUUUUUGCAGAAAUUGAUUGUCCUGAUUUAAAUAGUAAUAAAAAGAAAGAUGAAGUAGAAGUUGUAAACUUUACAGCAAAUGAAAUUGCAAUAGUUUUUCAAAAUUAG